AACUCACAGGACAUAAGAUUCGCUUGUUGUAUGUCUGAGAUCUUGCUGGACCGCGGAUCGUACCAGCAGACAGAGUGCCCUAAAAAGGAUCAAUUAAAUUAUAAUUUGGCUAUCACAAUAACCCAGAAAAUGGUUGAAUGGAUCGCUAUUCUAGUGGUAUUGGUCUGCAUGAGUGGAUCGUCGGUCAGCAGAAAUUGGGUGAGAUAUGAUGACUACGAUGCCGAGUCAUGGGAAAGAGAUGAGGACAAUGUAGGACCGAGUUCCAAAUUUAAAUAUUACGGCCGACAAGUAGCCUCUGAGGAAAACUAUGAAGAUUAUAACGAUUCAGGAUAUGAUCAUGGAUAUGGACACGAUGCCCAUACUCAAGGUUAUCACAAUGAUCGAGAGGCUCACGCGUUAGGUUAUGAUCGUCAUAAUCAUCACCCAUAUGGGGACCACGGUUAUAAAAACCACUGGGGUCACGGACACAGUCAACUUGGAUAUUCGGGACCUGCCGGCGGACAUCCACAUCCAUCACACGGACAUCCAGACAAAACUAAUGGUCACCACCAUCAACAUUGGGGACCUUAUCAAAAUUGGGGUACUCUCGGCCAUGCCAGUCAACCCGGCCAAAACGGACCUCGGGGUUCUCCUCAAGGCAAUAUAACCCCGCCUCAACGUUCCCCCAAUGACGCUGACCGCGUGGUGUUUCCGGAUUUUAACAACCAAGUUCCUACAACUAGGUCUCCGCGGCCAACUCGCCCCGUUACAACCAGUACAACAACCGCUCGGACCACCACCACUGACCGGACGUUGAUAGACCUGGUGAUCUGCAUUCGCGCCUGUCCGGUCACGGCGGAGUACAACCCAGUCUGUGGGACCAACAACGUGACGUACAACAACCCUGGGGCCUUGCAGUGCGCUCGGAAUUGUGGGCUCAAUGUGGGAAUAGCCCGCCAGUCGCCGUGUCCGCGUUUCGUUCCACGGGUCCUACAACCAUCCAGCACAGCCAGGCCUAACACCAACCCCACAACCAAGGCCCCCGUCUCUCAAACCACGGGGGCCACCGUCACAACCACAGUGAGACCCGCAGCACCCACUGUCAACCCCACACGGUUCACCAACAUCAACGUAAACUUCAAUAGGCCAAGGCCAACUCCGAUACCCCUUGAUGUUUUACAAAGUGUAUUCGGCAACGCCCCGCAGAGUACCAAUAAUAAUGACGAACUUGAAUUCGACAUAGAUAAGCGAAUGAAUCCCUAGAUUACAAUAAUUAAAUUAUGUAUUACAUUAAUAAACCAAUUAUCUAAUUGA